AUCAUAAUGGUAUCCAUCCCAGAAUACUAUGAAGGAAAGAAUGUCCUCAUCACAGGAGCUACUGGCUUCUUGGGAAAAGUGCUUCUGGAGAAGUUGCUACGGUCUUGUUCUAAAGUAAAAGCUGUUUAUGUAUUAGUGAGACACAAGGCAGAACAGAAUCCUCAAGAGCGAGUGGAAGAAAUGAUCAGCUGUAAGCUCUUUGACAGAUUGAGAGAAGAACAACCAGACUUUAAAACAAAAAUAAUAGCAGUUACUAGUGAACUUACACAGCCUGAACUGGACCUUAGUGAGCAGGACAAAGAAACUCUCAUAGACUGCAUUAAUAUUGUAUUCCAUUGUGCAGCUACAGUCAGAUUCAAUGAAACAUUAAGAGAUUCUGUUAAAUUAAAUGUAAUUGGAACACAACAGCUCAUCCACCUGGCUCAGCAAAUGAAGAAGCUAGAAGUAUUCAUGCAUUUUUCAACUGCAUAUGCAUAUUGCAAUCAAAAGCAUAUUGAAGAAAUCGUCUAUCCACCUCCAGUUGACCCCAAGAAACUGAUAGAUUCUUUAGAGUGGAUGGAUGAUGGUCUAGUAAAUGAUAUUACCCCAAAACUGAUAGGCAGCAGGCCUAAUACUUACACAUAUACAAAAGCCUUAGCAGAAUAUGUGAUGCAGCAAGAAGGUUCAAAACUGAACAUAGCCAUCAUAAGGCCAUCCAUUGUUGGUGCCAGCUGGAAGGAGCCUUUUCCUGGGUGGAUCGACAACUUUAACGGACCUAGUGGUAUUUUUAUUGCUGCAGGAAAAGGAAUUCUUCGAACAAUGAGAGCUUCCAACAGUGCAGUGGCAGAUCUUGUUCCAGUAGAUGUAGUUGUCAAUACAACACUGGCUGCAGCCUGGUAUUCUGGCAUAAAUAGGUAUAACAGACCAAGAAACGUCCUGGUGUACAACUGUACAACAGGUGGAACCAAUCCUUUCCAUUGGGGUGAAGUUGAAUACCAUGUAAUUUCUACUUUCAAGAGGAAUCCUCUCGAACAGGCCUUCAGACGGCCCAAUGUAAAUCUAACCUCCAAUCACCUCUUAUAUCAUUACUGGAUUGCUGUAAGCCAUAAGGCCCCAGCAUUCCUGUAUGAUAUCUACCUCAGGAUUACUGGAAGAAGCCCAAGGAUGAUGAAAGCAAUAACUCGUCUUCACAAGGCAUUGAUGUUUUUAGAGUACUUUACAAGCAAUUCGUGGACCUGGAGCACUGACAAUAUGACUAUGCUAAUGAACCAGCUAAGCCCUGAAGACAAAAAGACAUUUAAUUUUGAUGUUCGACAGCUACAUUGGGCAGAGUACAUGGAGAACUACUGUAUGGGAACUAAAAAAUAUGUACUGAAUGAGGAAAUGUCUGGUCUCCCUGCAGCUAGGAAACACUUGAAUAAGUUAAGAAAUAUACGCUAUGGUUUCAACACAGUUCUUGUGAUCCUGAUCUGGCGUAUCUUUAUUGCAAGAUCACAGAUGGCAAGAAACAUCUGGUACUUCGUGGUUAGUCUGUGCUACAAGUUCCUCUCCUACUUUAGAGCAUCCAGUACUAUGAGAUAUUGAAGUAAAGAAUUCUAGCAUUAGGACAUCUAUGCAUAUGGUGAUCUAACUGCACAAAGUCUGUCAAAUGUACUUAAUCAUCUCAUCUUUUGUAAAGGCAUCAAAUCAUCUUUAAAGCUGGAGUGUGAAAAAUAUAUACAGUGCAGUAUAUGUAAUGUUUUUAAUUGUGUAUUUCCAUGAAAAUUUAGAAAUAAAAUAGUUGAAUGAAUGCCAGAUCAAAACUGGUAUUAAACAAACUUUUUUAAAUAUUAGCACUAACCCCUUCCCUGCCCCUCUUGCCCCCGCCCCCCCAAAAAACAAAAAAAAACAAAAACACUUCUUUUUUUUUUUUUUUUUUUUUUUUUUUUUUUUUUUAACUUUGACCUGAGAGAGUUUGGACCACUGACCAAUGUAACUGUGCAGUUCUGUGAGGACCUGGAUUUAAAGUUUGCCUUAACAUCUAUUUGCUCAAGACAUCUAAAUCAAAAGAGUAACAGGCUUACAAUUAAGCAAAAACCAAUACAAGAGAGAGUAGAUCAUUGUCCAAUUAUUGGAGGCUCCUUUCUCUGACUGUUCUGUUUUUGCUUUUGGCAACUAUUUCUUCCAUCUCCAAGUUAAUCUAAGCAUGUGAUGGGAAUUACUAAGAAAAAGAAAAUUACUAUUAUAGUUGGAAGGCUGUCCAAUCUAAUCUUAAAGAAUGCAAAUUGACUCUGUUUUUCCCACAGAUGCACUCAUUAAUGUUUGAGAGGCAUUUGCAUGUCUGAAAGCAGAACAGAUUGUGUUACAAUUCUUUUUUUAUUCUUUUAAAUGUUUAAAAAAAAGAUGCCAGUGGUUGAUUCCAUCUUUACCCUAAAUGAUGGAACAUCAAUAUCCAAUGAUGUAAUAAUUACUCACCUGAUAUAAGGUACUAGGCUGUUCCAGAGGAUACUUUGUAUCCUUUGCUAUUCUUUAUAGCAUUUGUAUCUUAACUGUCUAGGCAAAUUGUACUGUUUCCAGAAAGAUGAAAUGUUUUUGUUUUGCCAAAAUAUGGCAUCAUCAGUACUUCAGUGAGUGAAAACUUAUUUUUUGAUUGCAAUUCUAGAAGCUUGACACUCACAUAUGCCCCUCUUAACUGGGGAAAUACAGGAAGAGGAAUCCUGCUUCAAAACUUUCGUAUGUUGAUUAACAAAUGACACGUUUAUUAACUUGAAUAUUUAGGAGUGAACUCUUGACUAAAUUUGAAGAAAUCUAUUUUUGGCAUGUUUUUGUUGUAGGGGAAAUGCAUUUAUAAAAGUAGUAACUUACUUGCAAGAGAGCUGAAUUCUAUUUUAAUGUAACAAUUUUGAAUUGCCCUUUAAUUCUGUUGCAUAGAAUUUAAAACCUUUUUAGCAUUCCUUUUUUUUUUUUUUAUUGACAUACCAGUGCACCAGUGUGGUGUACACUCAUUAAUGAUCCAUUUGUACUGUACUUAAAUCAGCAUAUGUAUUCUUGAAUCAACUGAGAUAAAUAAAUUAUGAACUAAUAGUACAAAAAUUUAUAUAAUAUGCUCACCUUGGUAUUUGAUUUGUUGUCCUAUUUGAAUUAAGUGUGUAAAGAGGUUAUUUUGCUAUUCUUGUGGAAAUACUAACUUUAAAAGCAAGCACCUUCUUUCGUGCAGGUGUAUAUCUAAUUUUGGAAUGAUGAUAGCUUCCUUGUUGAAGCUAAAUAUUAUGUAGUAAAUAGUUAAACCAUAGUUCCUUUUUAAGCCACUUGUGUAUAUAAUACUUCAAUUAUACAAAUCUCUGGUCUAGGACCACACUGUUAAGUGUGAGAGACCUGUGGCAGAAAAUUAAUUGUGGCUUCUUUGAUUCAGGAUGUUACACUUUUAAAAUGUGCUAUUCCUUAUAUACUUGUUAUAGCUGUCUCUAGGCAUCCUCUGUUUAUUGAACCUGAAAAAUAUAGUUGGCAAAAUGUAGCCUUUUGCAGAGGGUGCAUAGGAUCUAAUUACCCACCUCUCUGUUCUUGGCCAAGAGACAUGCUUAUCAAGAUUGAAGAAACGUCAGUUAUGUUCACACAUUUCUAGUUUGUUUGACCCUUGUAACUCUGUCAUUUGUAGAUAGCUACUUUGGGGCUAAUUCAUUUAAACUGAGGAAGCUAUAACACCACUGAACUGAUUCUCUGUUCCAUAAUGUUGAAUACUAUUUACUUUGAAUAAAUAAAUGUGGAUUAAUUGCAUAACUUGAAGAAUUUAUUUUCAGUCUCCACUAUGUAAAUCUUACCACCUUUAAAAUCUGAAGUGUCUUAGCUUAGAGACCGUGGCUGGCUGUGCUAUGGGUUAAUCUUCUUUCUUUUUUUUUUUUUAAUUUGUUUUCCUUCUGUACAUAAACUCAAACUUCUGUUUCAUCAUUCCAUGUCAAUCAGUCACUCAGAUUGUUUGAAGGCACUUUUUCAUAUCGGGAUCUUACGGUGUUGCUGACUCUUCUUCUCUUUCUCUCUCCCCCCCACCCCCUUUUACUAGUUCAGUUUUCAUAUAUUCUGUUUUGGUUCCUGAACUAUAAAUGUUAAUAGUACAUUGGUUCUAUACUUGGGUACAGUCAGAAGGUAAAUUUAUGUCCUGCGAGUCACUAAAAUCAGUGGGAUCUGACCUGAGGAGGAAACUGAAAUCAGGUGGUCACUAAACAAGUAUACUGGUAUUUAAAAUUUGGGACCAGGAGAAGAAUUUUUUUUGGCCUGAGAUCAGGUUUUCUGCCAUAGACACAGAUUCUAAACUGGAAAAAAGUCAAAUUGUAUGCUUUUUAUAAGGUAUAAAUAGAAACAUUGGGUGCCUUUUUUUUGUUUGUAAACCAAAAAUAAAACAA